ACUUCCCAUAUUUUAACAAUCAAUCACUUUCUUCAGUUCAAUCCAAUCCUCCACCAAAAAAAGAGAAAAGGGUAGUACUAAAUUUUAUUAGUUAUGCCUGCAGCAGGAUUUGCUGUGACUUCCUCCUCGGGAGUCGAGUUCGAGGCCAAGAUAACUCCGGUGGUUAUUAUUUCUUGUAUGAUGGCUGCCUCCGGAGGACUAAUGUUUGGCUAUGACGUUGGAAUUUCAGGGGGAGUGACGUCGAUGCCUUCAUUCUUAGAGGAGUUCUUUCCGGUUGUGUACAAGAGAACUCAACAGCAUGUGGCCGACGACAGCAAUUACUGUAAAUACAACAAUGAAAGCUUACAAUUGUUCACAUCUUCUCUUUAUCUUGCGGCGUUAAUAGCCACAUUCUUCGCUUCUUACACCACUAGAGUCCUUGGACGGAAGAAGACCAUGCUCAUCGCCGGAGUUUUCUUCAUCGUCGGAACCAUUUUGAACGCCGCCGCUGUUAACCUCCUCAUGCUCAUUCUUGGAAGAAUCUCUCUGGGUUGUGGAGUUGGAUUUGCCAACCAGGCUGUGCCUUUGUUUCUAUCGGAGAUAGCGCCGACGAGAAUUCGUGGAGCUUUGAAUAUCCUUUUUCAAUUCGAUAUCACUGUUGGGAUAUUGUUCGCAAAUCUUAUCAAUUACGGCACAUCCAAAAUUGAAGGAGGAUGGGGAUGGAGGGUAUCGCUAGCAUUGGCUGGCAUUCCGGCAUUGCUAUUAACUAUUGGAGCACUCAUGGUUGAUGAUACUCCAAAUAGUUUGAUCGAACGUGGUCAUUUGGAGGAAGGAAAAGCAGUAUUGAAGAAAAUAAGAGGAACAGAGAAUGUUGAGCCAGAGUAUUUGGAGAUCUUGGAAGCAAGUCGCAUUGCUCAAGAAGUGAAACAUCCUUUCAGAAACCUCAAAAUGCGCCAGAAUCGGCCACCUUUAGUCAUUGCCAUAUGGUUGCAAAUCUUUCAACAGUUCACCGGCAUCAAUGCCAUUAUGUUCUACGCUCCAGUUUUAUUCAACACCUUAGGCUUUGGCAACGAUGCAUCUCUCUACUCUGCUGUCAUAACUGGCGCUGUUAAUGUCCUUUCUACAUUGGUAUCGAUUUACUUUGUCGACAAGAUCGGACGACGAAUGUUGUUAUUAGAAGCUGGAGUUCAAAUGUUCAUUUCCCAAAUGAUUAUCGCGGUGGUGCUUGGCGUAAAACUUCAAGACAACACAAACAGCAUGUCACAUGGGUUGGCGAUUGUAGUGGUAGUCAUGGUUUGCAGUUUUGUUUCGUCUUUCGCUUGGUCUUUUGGUCCACUUGGAUGGUUGAUUCCGAGUGAAACUUUUCCAUUGGAGACACGAUCAGCUGGACAAAGUGUAACCGUCUGUGUGAAUAUGGUCUUCACUUUCGUGAUAGCACAAUCUUUCUUGUCGAUGCUGUGCUAUAUGAAGUAUGGGAUCUUCUUGUUCUUCUCUGGUUGGGUGGUGGUAAUGUCGUUGUUCGUGAUGUUUUUGCUGCCGGAGACUAAAGGGAUUCCAAUUGAAGAAAUGACUGACAAAGUUUGGAAGCAACAUUGGUUUUGGAAGAGAUACAUGACUGAUGUGGCUGAGAAAGGAAAGGCUUCAGCUUGAUUUUUUUUGUUCUUUUUGGCUCUAAUUUAUUAUUUUACAAUUGUUCUCUCUUGCCUUUAUUUUGUUGGCCAAUUAUGGUUGUGGGGUGAGACAGUAGAACCGAGAAAAUUUAAUUUGUUAGUGUUCAUUUGCUUACUGGUUUCGAAUUGUAGACAUGAUUAUUACCUCCUGUAGUCUUUUUCUUUUUCCUUUAUCCUUCUUUCUUGUUUUGGUAAGAUGUCGAGUACAACAUAUGAGAUUAAUGAAUAAAAUAUAAAGCCACAUUUCAUCCA